CCCCAGUGGAUGGUCAUUGGGGCCGUUGGUCAUCAUGGUCAGCGUGUAGUUCAUCAUGUGGUUCUGGAAAGAAGCAGCGGACACGAAAAUGUGAAGAUCCGCCUUCAAACUAUGGCGGGAAAAGUUGUACUGGCGUUAGAGAACAGGACAAAACGUGCCUUUAUAAGAAGUGCAGCUUAGGUAUUUGUUUUUAAUAGUACAGAUAUAACCUCAAUAGCUCAACAGUAAUGUACGGACCAUUUCGACAUCCUUGCGUGUUAAUAUAGGCCUACAUGCACAACGAAAGUUCUGACAUGAAGCGGAACAAUUAAAAAAAAAUUGGCCAGAACCUGGAUUAAAGGCACGAAAGUCUCGCAAAGGUGUGUGGCCGUGUGAAUCACAUUGAAGCCAACCUGCGUGUCUUUAGUCUACUGUAAUUGCAGCAUAUAUCUCUAGUGUAAACCUUCAGAUCUAAGGUUUUCUUUUCACAUCCAAACCCGCCUCUCAAAUUUUUCAAUAGAUUUUUUCAAAUUCUUGAAACAUCGGCCAACACUGUUGAUUACUUGAUUCCUCUGUUAUGGCCUCCGUUGCCUUUGUUAUAAAAAAACAUAUGCUAUUUACAGUGGUAAAUAACGUAAUUUUUUAAAUGUAUUUACUUGCCUUGUUCUAACCUAGGCCCAGAUGACUGCGAUUUUGACGAUGAAGCAGGAUGGUGUAUAUGGCAUAAUGUAAAUCAAUCAUGGUAUCUUCACUCGGGAAAUACAACAUCUCGGAACACAGGUCCGGAGAGUGAUAAUGGCGGACUUAAAGGAG